UUCGCAUUUUUUUUUAACCUUCUGGAAUAAGCAUUUUCGCGUAAUGAAAUAGGGUUGCGUUGCAGGAUUCUAGCUGAUCUCAUUCGAAUUUCAUUAGUGUAAUCCUGCCUUGUGUAAACUAUGGUUUUAAAAUCAACUCGGAUGUGCGGUGUUGUGUUUAGAGAAGAUUUCUAGAAUGUGAUCCCAGCCACUUUAGGCUGCCUGUGGUAUGCAAAGGUUUUGUGGAGUGAGGUCCUUCCUCAUGCCUUUUGUGUUGCGUUGCUGGUGCGUAGGUGUAAGUGGAAGGCUCCUUACUUUUUAGAUUGGAAGAAGGGUGAAGAUUCAUUGGUUUAAAAUGUGCGAGUAAAAGUCCAGCGUUGAGAGGAUGAACUAUCCAAAGAUAGCAGCUACUGCAGCUUUCAAGAUCUGGCUUGAUAACGUAGUAAGUUCAGCAGGCUAAAGAUGAAAGUCGGACUAGCUACAAAGUUUUGAAAGGUGCCUUAUCCAAACAUUUGAGAAGUGGUUCAGAAAACUCUAUGUCAAAAACAUCCAUGGGAGUGAGUCGAAUGGAACAAUGAACCAAGUCUCUAAAUUGGAGAGUGCUGAAUGGAAGAACCUGUUUCCAUCCUAGUUGCAAAGCAAAGAAGAUAAGUCAGAUAGUGAAAACGAUGAACUUGUGCAGGUAUGAUAUCUGAUCAACAGAUUACUUUCAGACUAGUUUUCUGUGUCCUGGCUUUUGCUAACACUACAAUUUUAUCAUCGUCCGUUUGGUCAAUACGCAUGCCGCUGUUUCGAAACCUUGGAAACAAUCCUAGAGUCUACAGGGAUUUUUUCUGGUGAAUUAUGUGUGUCCAACUGGGUCAGUUUCUCAACCUACAUCAAACUGAUCCAUGCGUGUCAGAAGAAAUAUGAGUAAAUAUUGCUCUCCUCUAUUUUUCUUGUAUGAAGGUACUAUCAGUAAAUCGAAAUGGCCAGUCAAUAGGGAUAAUGAAUUGUAAGCAGCUGCAAAAGCAUCAGCUGCAGCCACUACAUCAACGAAGGCUCUUGAAUCUAUUCUUGAAUUCUAGUUUGAAUUUAAGUUCCACUCCACCCUACUCUUCGACUAGAUUGCCAUCAGAAGAGAGAAUUUGAAUGAUCAGAUCUCCUAGGAUCCGAUCUUGGCAGUUAUGAGGGUCGAGGCUUGAUUGGAGGUAUGAGCGACUUGACUGCAUUAUAUGGGUCAAGCUGGAGCAUGGUUUUCGUGGGUAUGUGUAUUAGUGCAAUUGCAUUACAAUCCCGUAUGAGUGAGUUUCUCUCAGGUUCUGUUUCCUUAAAGCAUUAUUUCAAUGCCUAUGAAUAAACAGAAUGGUGGAAACUGGAAUGCUGUCAGUAAUGGACACUCAUCAACAGCAAUCCACUCUUUCCUGUAAAGAACAGCAGCUCAAGUUGCAGCCAGAAGAAAUGCCUUGGGAUAUCUAUAAAAUGUUUCUAAUUUUGAUGGUUGUUUGCAAAUCUAGAUGUGGAGAAUGCAUAACACUAUCCCUUGGCUAUUUGGAAGGUAAAGAUGCAGAAAACCGACAUCCUAAGAUACAAGAGGGAGUACUUGAUGUUUGGGCAACAAUUCUUGGAAAUAUUGUGUUCGGCCAGGGAGCAAUGGUUGCAGCAGGAUCUCUUGUGUUGAAGGAUGUCCCAGCUCACAGAUGCUGCUCAAUUUUUGGUUAGGAGCUUGAAGAGGCAGUGCGUCGGAAGUUGGGAGAACCUGUGUGGAGGUGCUUACAUUUGAGCUGUCGAGAGAUUUCGACUGUGAUCAUCAAAUGCGCUUCUGAGCCUUGGUUUCUGAUAGAUCAAGCCACGUUCUCUCUAUGGGGGAAUUUAGGUCUAGAAUCCGAAAACUUGUACUCGAUCACGCUUUUGAGUGAAUCCUUGACAUGAUCGAGAUUAGAUUUUGCCUGCUGCUAUCAGUUUUUACUUUUGGAUUGGGGUAAUAGUUCACUACAAUCAAACCUCAAUAAAGUUUACCUUAAUAUAAGUUAUUUUACUUUGUAAGGUAACUUUUUUGAAGCUUAAGUGUAACUUGAUAGAGUGUAUUGCUCUUAUUUCCAAUAAAACAAUAUUGUAAGUUAUA